CUUUCAACACUAUAAAUAACGCGUUUAUUCAAACGCAUCUUCAAAAAAAAAAAAAAAACUCCAUUUCUUCGCUCGACUCAACAGAUUUGGUCUCCACAUCUUCUUCAAAACAAUAGGCAACGUUUCUCUCACCUCGCAACAUCACAACCAGGACUCAAGCAUAAGAUCAAUCUAUAUGCUCUGAUGGCAGAAUCUCAGAAGAGAGCUUCUUCACCUGUCAAUUCAAAAGAGAAAACUACACUACUAGCAGACAUGGACUUUGGGAAGGACUUCCUUAGCUCCUGGAAGUCAAUGCCUAUGGCAGAAGAUGACGCUAUGGAUUUUGACUUUGGAACCACUGCUAAAGGCAAGAAAAAGGCAUUCAACUUUAACAAUCUGGAUGUGGAUUUCAAUUUUGAUGGUGAUUUGGACAAGAUAUCAUCAUUCAAAGUAGACAUAUCUGAUCUUGACAUCUCUUCUCCAACCAAAAUAGCUGGAAAAUCCAAGGAAAGAUCUAAAGAACCUGCUGGUGGGAGUCAUCAACAGAAACAAAACGGCUUUUCCUUCCCAUUUGAUUUUAACGAGUUGGAUAGUUUCAGUUUUGAGUCAAGCUUAACGAAAGAAGGAAAAAAAUCCAAUAAGAACCAAAAAUGCGAAGACAUGUCAAAUAGAAUUGAGUGUCAAGGUUCUGAAACUGACCUGACAGAUGCUAUUGGUGCAUCAGAAGAUGGCGUAACCCCGAAGCUUCCAGCAUCAGUUGGUGCGAUCACUUCAAAGAUUGAUAUUCCAGUUGAUGGUCUUGGACUUGUUGAUUCCAGAAAAAAGAAUUGCACCUCAAAUUCUUUAAGAAAUGACAAUGGCCCUUCAAAAUCUGCAACCCUUCAAAAUAAAGUUGCAUCAGAGGAAAUGAGAACUUUGCCAGUGAAGACACCUACCACCACUGUGCAAGAGAAGAGCCAAGAAUGUUACCAACAAGAGAAGACAACUUUUCCAGAGCCAUGUGCUGAGGAAACCAUGCAGGAUCUUUCUGUCCAGUCUGUAUCUGAAAAUGAGUCAACUGAACAUAAUGCUUCAGAACUACAUGUUGAAGUUUGUUCUCUGGCAACAAAAGUGAGUAGCAAUACAGGUGGAGAAGAAAAUGUCAUUUGCAAGUCAAUAGCUAAUCCUGGGUUUCAUUGUGAGAAUCAACUGUUGGAUAAUUCACCUGCUAUAUAUCCUGCACAACAUAUAACAAGUUCAUUGAGCAACAAUGGUGAAAUGAACAAGUUCGAGAAUGAUAAUAAUGUUCCAGUAGGCUAUGUAGAUGGCACUGAACCAGCUCAAGGUGAUUCAGAUUCUGGAGAAUCUUCAACCAUAAGUGUCUCAAUGGAAGCAAUGCAUGGCACAAAGGCUAACACAGAUAAUCGAAAUGCAAAUGGAAAGCUCCAUUUGGCCUCAUUGAGCAGUGGAACCACAGUUGGUAAAUUGAUUCAAAUGAAGGAAAAAGAAACUGGUGUUACACAGUCAAAGUUUUUCAAGAGAUCAGAUGAAACUAAAUCUCAAUCACAACAGGCAGCAUCAACUCAGAAAAAACUUGCCAUGUUUGGUGGCAAAAGUACUAGCCAUGGGCAAAAUUGUGCUGCAGAGGAAGGAAGGGAGUGUGUUGAUGCUAAAGAUGCACAAAGUGGGAACAAACUGGUAGGAAUUUCAACCUCACAUUCUGGAGAACUAAACAAAGGCAAACCUAUUCAGCCAGGAAGCAUGAGCAGUGUAAAAGCUCUCAAGGGUGUUGGGGAGCGUUUCAAUGCUAAUGGUGCACUAAAUGGGAGCAAAUUGUUUGGUUCUUCAAGGCUACAUGAGCGAGAAGUAAUUAAAGGUGAAUCGGUUCAGGGAAGUGGAAAGAACAUAAAAAAUCUUACUAUUAGCUCUUGUUUCAACCCUUCAUCUUCAUCUGAGCAUACAAAUAAAUCUACCACACGGAACUGCACAAAUCCUAGUCUUCCGGCUUUAAGCAUGGUAUCCGUUAAGAAGUCAAAUGAUGUUUGUGGUGAAGCGAAUAAAGUUUCUCCUCCUAAAGCUGGUAGAAGUAUAGUUGAUCUCUCUAGCGUGAGGAUUUCUAGGACCAUAGGAGCAAACAAAUAUCCAUCACAAUCUUCGAAUCAGAAAGAAGUUAAAUCCUUAAGAAACCCAGAGCAAAGCAUGGAGCUACAAGGAAGCACAGCAUCCAAGAUGGCCCAUUCUGUUUGCACAGAGAAGCAAACCCCAUCCACCCCAUGUCUGAAGCGGAAAAUGUUUGAGGGAUUAAAUGCAGAUAUGCUGACCUUAAAUCCAUCAAAACGUCUUUCACCAUCACCUACCGAAAGCAGAAGUGUUGGAGGAAGUUCAGAAAAAGUUGUCAAAGAGGUUUGCAGCCAUGAGAAUCGCAAAACCUCUACUCCGGAUGUUCCUCAGGAGGUGAACAUGACAGAACUAGAAAUCCCUUUUGUAAUGGAAAAUGAUGUCAAUGUUGAAAAGGCCGAAGCAUAUACAAAGGAGCUUGAAGAUAUUUGCAACAUGCUGAGAAAGAAACACGAGGAGGCAAAGGAAAUAUUAGUUCGAGGUCUUGUGAACAACAAUAAUCUGCUGAUGCUCAACCAUCCGAUUUAUGAAGAGAAAAUCCGCAAAGUUCAGAAAUUUGCUGCUCGGCUAAUGUCCACACAGACAUGAGGAUCAUUUUGCAAUUCUCCAAGUUUUGUAGAAGUGAUGCUUUGGAUUUGUUGCAUGCAAUUUUGCAAUAACUUUGUUGUAUAUUGAAGAUGAAUUGCUUUGAGCCCGAUAGCAAAGUCUUUUGAGUUGGAAAAAUUAAAGAUAGUGACCUUAAUGUGCCCCAAAGUUACACCUGUUUUCCUAAUUCGAAUAAUUUUAUGUACUUUCGUAACAUGUUGCACACACAUUUUCUUUCCACUUUUUUCAUGGCAUUUGAUGUGGCACAUUUACAACUAUUAAAUAUCAAUAAGCCUUAUGUAGAACGCAUUGCACCAUUGCUAUGGCAAUGCAUGAUAAAGGUUAUUAAGUGAAUUUUCAUUUUUGUAAGUACAUUAGAGUGGGAGGGGGAGUUAAACCUAUAACUUCUUAGUGAGGUACAUAAAUUCUUGCCACUAGCCUAGACUUGGGAAUUGAUCUCUAGUAAUGAUACAUUUUUUUUCUCACUUUUGCCUCUUAUUGAUUUAUUCUUCUGUACUGCGUACAUUCUUGUUUACAUCAAUAUCAGAAAAAAAGAAGUGAAUUUUCAUUGCUAAUUCAAGGAGAUAUGGGAGGUUACCCUAUUUGAUUAUGUAUAUGAAAUA